AUGGCACAGAACAACAUGAAUAACCUGACCACCCUCAUCAAACGAGACUCGCUCCUCUACCGCCUCUCGUCGCCCGUUCACGUCCCGGACGACGCGUUGACAAACCUCGCCCUUAGGCUGGAGGCCGCCACCUCCCGAUUGGAGGACAUUGCCUCGUCCACCUUCGAGAAGCCCUCCGCUCUCGAUGCCGCCCCUGGUGCCCUGGCCGCCGCCGCCGCUCAAGCUCCUGCAAGGGCUUCUGCGCCACCCGCAGCUCCUGGCGCCGCGCCCGCGCCCGCCGCCGCCGAUGUUCCUCCCAUGCUUGUUGCUUUCGACGAGCUCCUGGACAAUGAGCUGAAGGAAUUCGUGGAACUGAGCAAGCAGCUCGGUGGCCCCAUCGCUGAACAGGCAUCGGCGCUCUCCGACGCCUUCGCCUCCCAGCGCCAGUUCCUCCAGGUCACGACGCUUGCGAAAAAGCCCGACAUGCCCUCUCCUGUCUUUCUGGAAGUUCUGAAGGACCUGCAGGGCGCAAUCGAGAAAGUCGAUCAAGUCAAGCAAAUUACCAGGGAUCCAGAAGUCAAGAACCACCUGACCAUGGUCGGCGACGGAGUUGGGGUUCUGGGAUGGGUCACCAUGGACUCUAAGCCUGGCGAUGUGGCCGCCGAGCUUUUCGGUGGUGCGCAGAUGUAUGGCAACAAAGUGCUGAAGGAGUAUAGGGACAAGGAUCGCACUCAUGUCGAAUGGGUCCAAUCUUUCUACCGUCUUUUCAAAUCGCUCAUUCUCUACAUCAAGAACAACCACGCGAAGGGCGUUCAGUGGAACGCAAGCGGCAUCGAUGCUGCCGAAGCGCUUCGUCAAGUCAAAUCAGAAGGCACCAACGGUGCCCCUGCGGCGGCCGCACCGCCCGCCGGUGGUGCUCCGCCGCCACCUCCUCCGCCGCCGCUUCCUACGUUCGACAACGUCCCCCCUCCGCCGCCGGGACCAGCACCAGCUGGCAAGGGCGGUAGUGCCGCCGACAUGGGUGCCGUCUUUGACCAAUUGAACAAGGGAGAGGCAGUCACUUCUGGUCUGCGAAAGGUCGAUCCCAGCCAAAUGACGCACAAGAACCCGGCGUUGCGCGCAAACUCUACCGUUCCUGAGCGCAAGGACAGCACCGGAUCCAGGGGCAAGUCACCCGCUCCGCCGGGCAAGAAGCCCAAGCCGGAAAGCAUGCGCUCGAAGAAGCCCCCGAAGAUGGAACUUGAUGGCAACAAGUGGAUUAUCGAAAACUACGAGGAUGCCAGUGAGCCUUUGGUGAUUGAGGCUACCCUUGUCCAGUCCAUUCUCAUCACGAGGUGCAGCAAGACCACGAUCCAGAUCAAGGGCAAGGCCAAUGCCAUCUCCAUCGACAACAGCCCUCGUACCUCAAUUGUUCUAGAUUCGCUCGUGUCUUCGAUCGAUGUCAUCAAGUGCCCCAACUUCGCGCUGCAGGUGCUGGGCACUUUGCCUACAGCCCUUCUUGACCAGGUCGACGGCGCCGCCAUCUACCUUAGCGCGGAAAGCUUGAACACGGAAAUAAUCAGCAGCAAAUGCUCCAGCAUCAACAUUAACCUGCCGCCUUCAGAGGAGAGCGAAGACUACACGGAGCACCCUCUACCCGAGCAGUUCAAGACCUACAUCAAGGACGGCAAGGUGGUCAGCGAGAUUGUGGAGCAUGCCGGUUAG